AUGGGAAAACGAGUUGCCAUAGUGGGCAGUGGUUGCUCUGGCAUCGGUGCUUUGUGGGCCCUCAAUACCAGUACCGACCAUGAAGUUCACCUAUUUGAGGCCUCAUCCCGCUUGGGAGGCCAUACCAACACUGUCACAUUUGAUGGACCAAAUGGGGAUAAAGUCGCAGUCGACACUGGCUUUAUCGUCAUGAACACAGCUACCUAUCCCAACUUCAUUCACUUUCUCAGAGAGCUGGGAUUGCCUCCCAAGAAGACUGACAUGACUUUCGGUGUCUCGAGAGACCAAGGAACAUUCGAAUGGGCCGGGACUUCCCUUUCUUCCAUCUUCGCUCAAAGAAGAAAUCUAUUCAGGCUAAGAAUGUGGAGGUUGAUCUUUGAUAUUGUACGAUUCAACGAAUUUGCUCUCGAUCUUUUGCAAGAGCAAACUGAAAGUGAGAACGAUCCCCAAUCUGUUGGAUCAACAAGCAAGGUAGCAGGUCCAUCAAACGAGAGUAUUGGCGAUUACCUAGACCGGGAGAGAUACUCUCAGGAGUUCCGAGACGAUUACCUCAUACCCAUGACGGCAGCAGUUUGGAGUACAAGUCCAGACAAAUGCUCUCUGGAGUUUCCCGCCAUCACGUUGGUUCGUUUCAUGUACAACCAUCAUUUAUUGAGCACCAUCGCCAAACGCCCAGAUUGGUUGACUAUUCCUGGGGGUUCAAAACAGUACAUUGACGCGGUAUUACAAGGGUUCCCUCGAGAUCGAAUUCACUUGAAGUCUCAAGUGACGUCUGUCAUACCAUCGAAGUCUGGACCAGUAUCAUUAACAGCGAACGGGCGAGACUAUGAAUUCGACCAUGUAAUUCUUGCAACCCAUGGCCAUCAAGCCUUGGAAAUCCUGAAACCUGUCGCCACAAGACAAGAAAUUGAGAUCUUGAGUGGAUUUCAGACCAGUAGAAAUGUUGCUGUACUUCAUUCAGAUCCUUCCCUGAUGCCGAAGAGACGGGUCGCUUGGUCGGCCUGGAAUUAUAUCACCGAAUCACCAUUUCCUCCACAGAAGAGCAAGAAUAUUUCCAAAGUCUGCCUAACGUACUGGAUGAAUUUGCUGCAGCAUAUUUCUGAAAAGAAAUUUGGUCCCGUCUUAGUGACAUUGAAUCCGUUGAACAUGCCGGAUCCUCGGCUUGCUCAAGGUAUUUGGGAGUAUUCUCAUCCACUCUACAAUGCUGCAGCCAUCAAAUCCCAGCAACUUCUACCCAACAUCCAAAAUACCAGGAACAUCAGUUUCUGCGGUGCAUGGACGAAAUAUGGCUUCCAUGAAGAUGGUUUCAGCAGCGGUCUGUCCGCAGCCAUUAAUCACCUCGACGCAGAGCUGCCUUUCGAAUUCGUUGAUUCGACAUUUUCAAGAGGCAGGAAACCUACCCUCGGAGUAAGCAAUUAUUUGUUGAGACUGGUUCUUCUCGUGCUGCAGAUCUUGAUGCUGCUGGGGGAGAAAUCUUGGGCCAUUGUGGUUGCAGGAAUGGACCAGAGGAUAGCUGGCCGACGAAAGAUUGCUUGA